AAGCAUGUUGAAGUAGAAAUUGAAAAAGAAAAGAAAACUUGCACCAAGAAGCCCGUUGUUUCUACCUGCACCAAAAAACAUGUCAAACAUCACCCCCAUCACAAAGAAGUUGAAAAGAAGAUCGUGAAGAAAACUACCUGUACUAAAAAGCCUGAAGAAGUAGAGAAACCAGUUGAAGUAGAAAUUGAAAAAGAAAAGAAAACUUGUACUAAGAAGCCUGUUGUUACCUGCACUAAGAAACCAGGUGAAGUAGAAAUCGAAAAAGAAAAGAAAACUUGCACCAAGAAGGUCGUUGCUACUACCUGCACUAAGAAACCAGUUGAAGUAGAAAUUGAAAAA